AUGGCCGCUUCUGCCGCUGCUCCUGCUGCUUCUCUGGGGGAAGUUGGCGGCGUCCUGCACGGUAUCGACGGUAUCGCGCACGUUGGAUCUCAUUUCCUGCUGACCCCGAUCGUGGACAGUCCACCGAUCCUGCUGGGGGAACAACUCUUGCCCGGGGAUAGACUGUCCCGCAGCUCGGUCGCGGAUUUAGCGCACCUUAAAGGGAUCCUGAGGAGGAGACAGUUGUACUGCAGGACCGGCUUCCACCUGGAGAUACUUCCGGAUGGCACUGUGCAAGGAACCAGAAAGGAUCACAGUCGUUUCGGUAUUUUGGAAUUCAUAAGUCUUGCUGUUGGCCUAAUAAGCAUCCGAGGAGUUGACAGUGGACUCUAUCUGGGAAUGAAUGACAAAGGAGAGCUGUAUGGCUCUGAGAAGUUGACAGCUGAAUGCGUAUUUCGGGAGCAGUUUGAGGAGAACUGGUACAACACAUACUCGUCUAACCUCUACAAACAUGGAGACAAAGGGACUCGUUACUUUGUGGCUUUGAACAAAGACGGGACACCAAGGGAUGGGACCAAAUCCAGGCGGCAUCAGAAAUUCACACAUUUCUUGCCCAGGCCUGUUGACCCUGAUCGCGUGCCAGAGCUAUACAGAGACAUCUUGGGCCACAGCUGA